CCAAAUCGUACAAGUAGUUGAUGAAAGUCAAAGCUGAUGACAGCAUUGACCCGCCUUCCUCCUCUUUCAACCUUGCAUGAACGGUCACACUCGAUCGUUCGGUUGGUAGGAUGGUGUUCCAAUCUGUUAUUGCAAAGAUGGUGUAAGAGCGUUCGGGUUGAAGGUUUGGAACGUUUGGUGAAUGUUAUCAAAGAUGAAAAGAGAGUAGCGCAAAAGAGAGGUGUCCUUACGUACGCCAAUCACAUUAGUGUUCUGGACGAUCCAACUCUUUUUGGAAGCUUACCUACUGAAUUGUAUCAACGGUCAAACACGACAAGAUGGACAAUGGGCGCAAGUGAUAUCAUGUUCACAAAUUCAUUCAAUGCUUACAUCUUUCGUUCCGGUCAAGUCUUACCGACAGAUCGUGGUCGUGGAGUCUUUCAACCAGCUUUAGAUCAUAGCAUCGAUUUAUUGCAAAAUGGAGGUUGGGUUCACAUCUUUCCCGAAGGAUAUGUGAAUAUGUCACGUCAAGCAAGGGUAAGAAGAUUCAAGUGGGGAAUAGGAAGAAUGUUGUUAGAGACUGGUUUAGGACUUUCGAAACAGCUACCGGUCAUUCUUCCCAUUUGGAUCACAGGCUUGGAUGGAAUGAUGCCAGAACCGCGUGGAAAUCCGAGGUGGAUGCCACGUCCUGGUGCAGAAGUCACGAUCACAUUUGGACAUCCGAUCAAUGAUUCGAUUGAACCAAUCACUGAACGGGCCAGAGAAUUCGCAUUAUCCAACGAAGGAAGCGUUGGAGAAAAGGCUCGUUCCAGUAAUACACUCCUUCGCUCAUUGGAGGAAAAGAUGGAAGGCGUCGAAACAUUAGCGCAAGCCUAUCCGAUCCCUGGAAAGACGCUCUUCUCCCCUACCACACCAUUGGCUCCACCACCUGGUGGUGUAUCAUGGCCUCUGCCUUUGGAAGACUCUAGAUCGUACAAUGCAAUACAAGCAGGCUUUGAUUCGGAUCAAGCACGUAUUGCACGAAGUUUCAUCUGUGCCGAACUACGUGCGCAUCUCGUCAGACUAGGCGAACAAACUGGAAUGUCAAAGGACUUGGUUCAUCGUUUGAUGGCGGAAGAGGAAUAAUAGAAUGCUUAUAGAAUUGCCAAUUUAUAGAGGAGAUUAAUGUGUAAAGUAUAAUUUGCUAUGUAAUACAA